GAGAGAGAGCGCGAGAGAGCGAGGCAAAGAGAGAGAGAGAGAGCGAGCGCAGAAGAGACCAUGAAGGGAGGAGAAGAAGCUGGAGGAGACGAGAGGGAGACCUUAACCGGCUGAACGGAGGCUCGCUCGCGCGCGCGAGAGAGAGACGGGACAGGACAGGACAGGACGGAUGCGAACAGAACCCGUAAAUUCCCAGCUCGCGUGCGCUGAAAAACCCCUUGCAUCGUCGGACGAUAGCUCGCGAGACCGAGCGCGCACUUUCUGCGCCUUUUUGCACGCAUAUUUGGGGGAUUUCUUUUCCGAGCGCGCUCCCAGUCUUGCAGGACACGGAGUGCGCGAGCUUCUGUGCGGGUGUGUGCUUGGUGUAUGUGUGUGUGUGUGCGCGCGUGCAUUGCUCUCCCUUUCUCCGUGCAUUGCCUCGCGCCGCUGCCUGGCUGCAGAAAGUGUGGUGGGCUCUGGUAGAAGGUCUGGUGAGUUCUGGUAAAAAGUGUGGUGGGUUCUGGGAGUUUGGAGCGCCCACUUGGAUGUUUUGGGGCUUUCUUGGUCUUUUGGGCUGAAGCAGCUUCCUGGAGUGACCACUUUGGAGCAGAUCCUUCACUUUUUUUUGGAAAUUUCUGGAGAAUCAUAUUUCCUUUUUUUUUCCACGAUGGAGCUCGGAUGUCAGCAGCUUGGAUGAAAGGUCCAGACCUUAGAGAGAGAGAGAGAAACUCUUCCUGCGCCUACUUUCUGAAGCUCUGAGCUGCUCAUGAUGUACGAGGGCGUGGAUGUGGUGGGUCUCAGCGCGAGCCCCAGCCCCAGCCCCUUCCUCAUGGUGGAUUACUACAGCCAGACCAGGGCUGGUCAUCACCCCUUCAGCAGCCAGCACUGGAGCAGCUCCGCUCACUCCAUUGAGACGCAGAGUACGAGUUCGGAGGAAAUCGUCCCGAGCCCUCCCUCUCCGCCCCCACCGCCACGGGUCUACAAACCCUGCUUCGUCUGCCAGGACAAAUCCUCCGGCUAUCACUAUGGCGUCAGCGCCUGUGAAGGCUGCAAGGGUUUCUUUAGGAGGAGCAUCCAGAAGAACAUGGUCUACACAUGCCAUCGAGAGAAGAGCUGCAUCAUCAACAAGGUCACCCGCAACCGCUGCCAAUACUGCCGCCUGCAGAAGUGCCUGGAAGUGGGCAUGUGCAAGGAGUCAGUGAGGAAUGACAGAAAUAAGAAGAAGAAGGAGGAGAAGAAGACGGAGUGUUCAGAGAGUCUGACGCUCAGUCCUGACACGGAGCAGAUGAUCGACAGAGUGAGAAAAGCCCACCAGGACACUUUCCCCUCACUGUGUCAACUGGGGAAGUACACCACGAGUAACAGUUCGGAGCGGAGGGUUUCUCUGGACGUUGAUCUGUGGGAUAAAUUCAGUGAACUCUCCACUAAGUGCAUCAUUAAAACGGUGGAGUUCGCUAAGCAGCUGCCCGGCUUCACCACGCUGUCCAUCGCUGACCAGAUCACACUCCUCAAAGCCGCCUGCCUCGACAUACUGAUUUUGCGGAUCUGUACGCGCUACACACCGGAGCAGGACACCAUGACGUUUUCGGACGGUCUGACGCUGAACCGGACGCAGAUGCACAAUGCCGGUUUUGGGCCACUCACUGACCUGGUGUUCGCCUUCGCCAACCAGCUUCUGCCGCUGGAGAUGGACGACGCUGAGACGGGGCUCUUGAGCGCCAUCUGCCUGCUGUGUGGAGACCGGCAGGACCUCGAAGAGGCCGAUAAAGUGGACGUCCUGCAGGAGCCGCUGCUGGAGGCUUUGAAGCUGUAUGUGAGGAGGAGGAGACCACACAAACCACACAUGUUCCCCAAAAUGCUCAUGAAAAUCACUGACCUGAGGAGCAUCAGCGCCAAGGGUGCGGAGCGUGUGAUCACUCUGAAGAUGGAAAUUCCCGGCUCCAUGCCACCACUAAUCCAGGAGAUGUUGGAGAAUUCCGAGGGUCUGGAGAGUUCAGGGAGCGGAGCCUCGUCUCGUCCCACCGGCGCUCCGCCCGGCAGCUGUAGCCCUUCCCUCUCUCCAAGCUCUGCCCAAAGCAGCCCGCCCACACACUCACCCUGACCACCGCCGUCGCCACGGCAACAGCCGCCUACCAACUACUGUGUUCCCUCAAACACGCCCCACACACACUGAGCGGCCCAAGUGGACCCGAGCGGAGCCGUUUGGUUCUUCCUCCUGCUCUCCCUCUAUCCUCCUGUGGGGCGGCGCCAAGUCCUUCAUCUCUCCCUCUCUCGCACUCUGCCUCUCUCGCUCUGCACGCUCGUCUGACGAAAGGCUCGCCGGACGACCGGAGGGACGAACGCCGAAGCAAAAGAGAAGUGAACGCGUUUGAGGAUAAAACGGCAAUUCUAGGGGUCCAAGCACCCCGACGAGCGCGAGACGCAAAGAGGAGAAGGUGUGUGUGAGGACUAACAGGACAAACAGGACAGACUCAGAGAACCCGUGUGAACUUUUCUGCUUUUCUUUUCUUGUUUUUAUUUUUAUUUUAAUUUUUUUUGUUUUGUUAAUUUUUUUUUCUCACUCGGACACCUCAGGCCUGGACUGCAGAUAAAUGAUUGAGCUGGCCUGACCUUUUCCAACUUCCAAGAGACAGAUUUUUUACGAAAAAAAAUAUAUAUAUAAAUAUAUAUAGAGAGAAAAGCAGGAAUGAUUGUGAUCAAGUUAAAAAACAGAAAAACAAAAAGAAGUGGACUCCGAUAGUAGAUGUGGUUGAAUUUCUUCACUGAGGUUUUUUUCUCUUUUUAUGACCAUUAGAGGAGAAGAAAAAAAAAUGAAGAGAGAUUUUGUUGUUUAUUGCCGACUGUUGAUGAUGAUGAUGAUGAUGUUUUUCAUGGAAACAAAAACAUUGGAAAAAAAAUUAAUUUACACUCACAUAAAUUGUGCACAAAAGAAAUGACAUAAACUGUGGUCAAAAAAUAA